UCUGAAAAAUAGUUGGGUUUCUGGGGAUUUCCCAACAUUUUGUUGACAGAUUAAAAUUUUCAGAUUGAGUUGUUUGGAGGACAUUUUGGCACCCUCAAAUGUUGCUCUAGUAGAUGUAUUAAAUGACGAUCCUUUUUCGUCCGUUGACAAUAAUUGUAUAUGUGUGUAUUGAAUACAGAUUGUCACGGUGACUAUAGUCUGCACAUUAUUUUGUUACUAAAAAUAGACAUAUUGACAUAUCAGUGUGUAAGCGGGGAGUAGAGGUAAUUCCCCGUAUUCAAUCUUAGUGAGUUAAAUAUAUUGCGCUGGAAGUAUUAUUUUGAAAACCAUCAAGGAUGUUAAGUUAAAUUUCAAUAUUAUUUUUCUUUACUAAGAUCUAUAAAUAUUUGUAUUGGUCUUUAACACUAUUGUCUUCAAUGUCUGUUGUUUUUAAUUACACUGGAAAUUAAUUCCUUAAACUAUUUUAACUCUGUCAGUGCUUAAAAUCCAAACAAUAAUGGAUAACAGCAAUGGUAGCAACAGUCGGAGCUCUACCGACUCUGUGGACCUUACCACCAUGGAUGGAAGUCCGGAGUAUAAUGGUCAUAUGGACACAGAACAAUUCAGCGAUGAAGAAAAUGGUCAGCCUCGUCUGGAAAUAGUUGAGCAGCCACAACAGCGAGGUUUUCGAUUUCGAUAUGAAUGUGAGGGUCCUUCACACGGGGGUUUGCAAGGGGCAUCAAGUGAACGCUUCAAAAAAACAGUACCCACAAUCAGGAUCAAGAAUUAUCGUGGCCUAGCACGAGUUCAAGUAAGUCUUGUGGCAGAGGACAGCACCAAGCCUCAUGCUCACAAACUUGUCGGUAAAAACUGCUCCAAUGGCCUGUGCACAAUUGAGACCAAGCCUGGGACAACACAAAUUCCGUUCCCUAACUUGUGUAUCCAACAUGUGACUCGUAGAAAGGCAGCCGAGGUCCUAGAGCAACGUCUCAGAGAAAGCUGCAUUCUGCAUAAGAAGAUUCAGCAUAAUGACUUCAACUUUAAUGCUACAUUGACAGCUGAAGAAUGCGAGAGGGCCAAGAAGGAAGCCGUGGCCUCUGCCAAGAACAUGCAGCUCAACAUGGUCAGACUCUGCUUCCAGGCAUUUCUCUUUGAACCCUCAGGGCUACGGGAACUGCCAGCCGUCGUCUCGGAGCCAAUCUUUGACAGCAAGGCCCCUGGAGCCAAUGCCCUGAAGAUCUGCAGGAUGGACAAGUACAGCGGCUGUUGUACAGGCGGAGAUGAGGUGUUCCUGCUCUGUGAAAAAGUGCAGAGAGAUGACAUCAAGGUCAAGUUCAUGGAGCAGGAUUUCCAGGGCAACAUUCUCUGGCAGGCAGACGGCCUCUUCAGUCCACUAGAUGUGCAUAGGCAGUUUGCCAUAGUGUUCAAGACGCCCGAGUACAAAGACACAAACAUCAAGAGCCCAGUGAACGUGCUGGUGUUGUUACAGAGGAUAUCUGACCAGGAAUCCAGCGAUCCCAAGUCCUUUACGUACUACCCACGCUCACACGAUUCUGAGGACAUUGCUCGUAAGCGCCAAAAGAUUUUACCGCGCUAUCACGGAUCCAGUCCGCCAAGCCGCAGCCCCUACGACUACAACCCUCCCUCUGCUGGUAGUGGAGGCGACAGCAACAGCAGUGGAGGCAGUGGUGGUGGUGUCAACGGGGGAUUGCCCAAUGGGGGAUCAAUUCCUCACUUCAAUGACCUGAAAUACAGUGCACAGCAGUUCAAAUUUCCAAGUGGUCGUGAUCGUCGGUACGCGCGUACACCUCAAAUUCUGAACCAGUACAGUCAGCAAUCGCAGGUGCCUCUAUUUCCAAUGGCAGACCUCCUUAGCAACCCCACAGACUUUGUGUACGAAGAAGUCUCCAAAAUGUCCCCUCCUAACCAGCCCAUCAACUCGAUGUCUCCACCUUUGCGGUACCCGCAUGGGUCAGGUAUGAACGUCAUGGGGUCUCAUUCACCGUACAACCAGAUGAUGUCGCCCCAGUCGGUGAGCCAGGGCACUCCAGGGUCCAUGAUCAAUGGGGGGAUGUCCCCCGAGCACAUGCAGCCCUCUCCUCAGAGCAUUUCGGCCAUGUCUCCCCAAGGGAAUCUCACAUCGCCUGGCAACCUGGCGGACGCAUCGCAGGCAGGUAUGCAGUAUGGAAAUGGAAUGAUCGACGUGUCCUCUGAACUUGCCAUGCAGCAUAUGAAUCAGUCGCUGAUGUCCAGUGGACAAUCAGAGGCAAUGAUGACCACCAUGUCCAUGGCAACCAUGCACCAGAUUCAGCAGCCCAUACAGUCCUCCGGAAUAGAGAACAUGUUAAUGAACCCAGGCAUGUUCUGUGAAAAUUUUGAUAUUCAACCGCAAACACAGGGUUAUGAUCACCAGUCAUACAUGAGCAGCCAAACAAUAAAAGAAAUGGAACAGCAGAUGCCGCAUCAGUACAUGCCCUGUAGUUUCGUGGCCCGAGGGGGCGAGGAUGAAGAUCUUGAUGAUGUUAUGGCCAUAAUUGACGGUGGCUAUGACGAAACAGAUGCAAGUCUUAUCAAACCGCCACAUGGAUCAUCAUCACAGAAGCCUGGAUCUUUUGUUGAGAAGCUGAUGGUGACGCAUGGCGAGGCCAGAGAUGAGGAGCUGUAUGAGAGGGGAUCAGCUCCAGUAACACCAAGCAGCCCAUUGAAACUGAUGGAGCCCAGUGUGGAAACUAAACUGAAAAACAUGGGUAUGGUUUCGCCACAUUCCCCAGGCGGCUCUGUCAAGAUGAUAGAGCCGAGAAGUGAAAUGAAAGUAAGCCAGAAAAGUGAACCUUCUAAGCCUGCUUCAAGCGGCAUUGGAAAAAUGGCAGAGCCGAGCCCUGUUCAAAAGUUGGAACCCAGAAGUGAGAAGCAACAGCUAGGCCUAGGUGAGCCACUGAAGAAGCCAGCCACUGCUGGCCCAGUCCCUGUGGUUACUGGAACCACUGCACCUUCCAAGAACAGGAAGCUUGUGACUAAGGAGCGAGCUGCCCAAACAGACAUGGAUCCCAUGGUGAAGAUGGCAAUGAAGACAUCGGAGGCGCUGCAGUACUACGCAGCGUCGGGGGACAUCAGAUCGCUGCUCAUGGUCCAGCGAUUUCUCAUGGCAGUGCAAGACCAAGAUGGGGACCUGCCACUGCACACAUCUCUGAUCAACCUGCAGUAUGAAGUGUUCCAGAACAUCCUGGAUGUCAUGGUUACCCUCCCAGAUGCCUACGCUCGCAUCAAUGCUUACAAUUUCCAUCAUCAGACUCCAUUACACCUGGCAGUGAUCACCAACCAGCCCAAUGCAGUUGACCUGCUGAUACGUGCAGGGGCUGACACCACCUUAGUGGACCGGCUGGGUUACACUCCAGCGCACCUUGCUGUGUUGUACAACAGAAUUGACUGCCUCAAGAACCUUCUGAAGUACCUGAGGCCUAACAUGAAACCCACAGAGGCCUUUCCAGAAUUGAAUGUCCGCUGCUAUAAUGGUUACACCCCCACCCACUUGGCUGCAAGGUCAGAGAACUUGGCAGCCAUGAAGCUUCUGGUGCAUGGCAAGGCUGAUGUAAACAUGGCUGACGGUAAGAGUGGACAGACACCCCUGCACCAUGCUGUGGAGAACGACGGGCUCUCAUUGGCUGCCUACCUCAUACUGCAGGCUGGAGCUAAUGUGAACACACCUCGAUUUGACGGUAACACAGCUCUGCACAUUGCCUGCGGCCGUGGUAAUGUUGGAAUGGUGGCGUUACUAAUGGCAGGCGGUGCAAACCCAGAUAUUGAGAACGAUGAUGUCCUUGAAGUCAGUGAUACAGAUCUGGAGGAGGGAACAGGUGUGUCCACAGAAGGGGCAGAGGAAAAGGGAGAUAUAGAAGCUGGUGAAGUAGAUGAGGAAAAAGAUGAAGACACAACCCAAAGCACACAAGAAUCUGUAGAGAGGCCAUUACGAUCAUUGAAAAGUAUGGUAGAAGAGAGAAGGGGACUGCUUCCAGCUGAUUAUGCUGAAAAGAAUGAAAAGAUACUGCGGGUGUUAAAUGGAGAGCCGUAUGCAGGUGUGAAGUCUGAUACGGAACAUGACAGGGCCAUUCAGCAGUCCACAGACCGCCUCCAGUCCUUACAUCUUUCCUCCAAUCUCAGCAGUGGCAUCGGCAGCUUGCAUUCUGCAGGUGGAGACAUGAGCAAAGUAGAAUACACAGAGCGCAUUCGUCUGUCAGACAUUCUGGACAGGGACGAGGGAUGGAGGUUACUGGCACAGAAGCUCGGCUACCAGAAACUGUUUGACAGUAACAUAGGAAAUAUAAGCCCCACAAGACUGCUCUUAAAUACUUUCGAGACUGCUGGAGGAACUGUCGACAGACUGGUUCAAGCCUUGAUGGAGAUUAACAGAGCAGACUGUGUACACAUACUGAAAACACCAGAUGUACAGUCAGUCUCACAAGUUUCGGCUGACAAGAGGCAUAGCAAGGAUCCUGUGUAUGAUUCUGGGGUAGAAGAAAGUAUCAGCAAAUCUUCAUCACCAGAACACAAAACUGCGACAUAAUAUAAAUGAUUUGAAGUUUGUGUAUAUAACCACUUGUUCACAUAAAACUUUGACAAUAUAUACCAAUCUAAAAUGUUGGAACAUGUAAAGGAUUAUUUGCAUGCAUUGCAGAAAAUGUUUGUGCCUAUAACACAACUGGAACACUUUAAACUGUGAAUGAAUGUAUUUGGAUGAGUUUUUGUGACACUGGCUCUAGCAAUUGAAACUGUACGUGUCUGCAUAUAACACUGGAACACAAAAUAGUUUCAUGAAAUAUCUGCACCAGCUUAAAUGGGGGCUACUGAAGCUUUAGCAGUGUGGAUUUAUACCCUCAUCACAGGAAUAUAUAACUUUGAAUAACCAUAUUCUGGCAUAUGCUGCAGAAGUCAAAGUGUAUAUAACCACCAGAACACAAAUCGAACUACAAAAGCACAUGCAUCACUGAUCCUAAUAAGAAACUGGAGUCAUAUUGUUAACAUCUUGUUGCAAUGAACAUAUUAUUGGCAAUGAGAGAAUGGUGUCAAAGACAAACAUUCAAACAGUGCUGAUACAAUUUAACAGUGUUUUAAUGACAACCCGGUUGGUUUUAGUUGGAAGAUUGACACUAGAGGACUGAAGGUAUUCUGAAAAUGCCGUGGUUCAAUCCAUAGUACUGUUUCAGAGUCAUCCUUUUGUAUCCAUUAUAAACACUUUCAUUGUCGUUAAUGUCAUUAAAUGUUAUUUACUCAUAGAUUAACUACAAUCUCAUUUAUUUCUUUAUCCAAACUAUUUAUUUUUGUUCAGAUUAAUUGACAAAAGAUAAAAGCUUAUUGAUCAUUUUCUUCCACUGGGUAUGUUCAGCUUCUUACAAAAUGUUUUUUCUCAUAUGUCUUUUGUGUAAUGCUUUUCUUGUUUUGGUUUUGUAAAUGCUAGUUGUGAUUACCGUAAUUACUCUAUGUUUUCGGACACUCUAAGUUUUCGGACACCCCAUUUUUAGCAAAAAUAAUUAUUGUUCGUGACUCUUAAUUUUCGGACACACGAGUUUUCGUCCAUAAUUAAUGUCUCUAAGUUUUUGGACAGUAUAUUUUACAGCGCUAUUUUACCAAAUUUCGGUCCUGUUUUCGAUAUCUAAUGACACUUCGAUCAUGGGGUUUUACAACCAGAUUAACAUCAUUAAACAUGACAGGUGCAUGCCUGAGGGCAACGGACCAUUACAUUUGCGUUAUAGGGUAAAUACAUGUAACCUUGUAAACCGGUAUGAAUCAAUGGUUUCGCCCGAUAGCAUAAGCGUAAUGACAAUUACCAGGGGUAGUGCCGAGUAGCGGAUCCGUGGUCUAGUGGUUACACACUGGCUUCACAAUUCAGAGAUCGCUGGUUUGAUCCCCCGCUGCACCUAACCUACUAACUCGUCUUUCGCAUGAGACGUUAAACCGAGGUGCAGUGUACUAGGUGCUAUACACCGGGCACUAAAAGACCCAGGGUCACCUCUGGAACGGGGUGUCUCCUGUAUCUUGCACUAUCCCCCGUAACCAACUAACACGUCUUUCUGGGGGCGAUGGCCAUAUGGGAGACAAUCCCGGUGCACUCGAUAAAAAAAAAACAACAACAACAGGGGUAGUGCCAAUUAACAUGAGUGAAUCCACAUGAGUGAAUCCUUUGUCUGUGGUUAAACCACGUGAUCUAUGUAUUGGUCAGAUUAGCAAUUAGUGACGUCACAGCAGAACUGUGCUAUUAUCUACCGCAAUGGUACAUGUACUUCCCCUUCUCAGUAAAAUAACUGACAAAUACUAAGCGCUUCAAAGUGUGAUGCUCCCUAUUGCAAGUUUUACGAACAAUGGAAGGUGUAAGACAACAACUAUCGGAAAUGAACAAACAAAGAAUUCAUUGUUUGCUUUUUUGCGUUAAUUACAGGUUCAUACUAGCGAGUAUCGGUACAUCACAUGCUCAUCUUUUAACUCGUUGGUCAAAGUACAACCUUGUAGUAACGAUCUGUCAAAUAAAUUAAGCAUUUAAAAUUAUUUAAAAUGCAAUGCAAACACAUAUAACUGUAAUUUAUACUAUAUGGCAUGGCAUUUUACAAGCGCGUGCUAUUACCCGUAGUCGUUGAUACAAUUGACGCUAUUUCGGACACUUCAAUUUUCGACUCUAAGUUUUCGGACACCUGUAUUUUGUGAAUAUUUUUCGUAUCUAAGUUUUCGGACACGAAAAAAAUUAAUUAUUUUUAAGUGUCCGAUAACAUAGAGUAAUUACGGUACAUGUAUCCCUUAGAAAUGCAAUGUCAUUGAAUGUUUAUUGUCAUGUUCACUGCUAUUCAAAGCUUAAUCUAUGAAUAUAAUUUGUAUCAAUGCCUAUUUGAUCACAAGUAUUCACAUUCACGCUGUGUAAAAAAUGUUGUAAAUCAAUAAUAUACUUAAGUAAUUAUUAAGUCCAUCCUAAUUCUGAUUGCUAUUUCUCAUGUGAUAAAGUGAAUAUGUUUUGGUUUUGUUAUGCUUGCUGUUUUAGUGGUGUUUUUAUAUUCAAAUACAUCUUGUUUUAUCUGUUAAAUGUAUUACAGAGUCACGGCUCAUUCAUUUGAUGUGCAUGUAUGUAGAAAUGUAUGCACAAAUAAAUUUCAUUUUCUCCCGGUGUGAUAUUGUUGCAUGAGUGGAGCCAGACAAUUGACAUUACAAAUUACACUACAGUUUUAAACCAGUGAACAACUCCUAACUACCGUAGAUGCUGUCACUCCCAAAUUGAAGGAAAAUUGGACAGUGUUCUUAAAAUAAUUCCGAUUUUUGUUAUUGUGUUUUUGAAAAAGAGGCAAGUCUGAAAGUGUGUGAAGGAAGCCCUUGUGUCUGCUGUUUGUCAUGUGUUGAGACUCAUCAACACUUGCCUUGUGAACAGUAGAAGCUUUGAAGCUUGCCUUGUGAACACUAGAAGCUUUGAAGCUUGCCUUGUGAACACUAGAAGCUUUGAAGCUUGCCUUGUGAACACUAGAAGCUUUGAAGCUUGCCUUGUGAACACUAGAAGCUUUGAAGCUUGCCUUGUGAACACUAGGAGCUUUGAAGCUUGCCUUGUGAACACUAGAAGCUUUGAAGCUUGCCUUGUGAACACUAGAAGCUGUGAAGCUUAGUUUGAAACUGGGUCUCAUAGGGUAAACAACUAGGUCAAAUUUAAAGAAAGAGCUUGUAAACACUGUAGAGGCCACAUUUUUAGAAAAAUUUUCAUCAAAGUUUGUCAUAAAAUUGUCCCAAUCAUACUUCUGCCAACUAAAAAACUUGUCAUGUGGAGUCAAAAACUAGGUUUGUAGGUCAGAAACAAGUACACUAUGGAUCGCAUUUAUUGCAUAAUCAACUUGCAACUUAUGGAGAACAUAAAUCUAGAUGAGUUCAAAACAAGGUCACAUUAGAUAAAAUGAUCAGGUCAAUAUGGCCAAAUUAAAGAAAAUACUUUUGAAAACUGGAAGUCAUAUUAGUUUGCACAAUCUUUAUAAAACUUCUGGUGAACAUAAGUUAUAAUGAUAUCUAACAGUGAGAUAUCAUCCUUGUCAAUUGAUAAACAUAGCUGCCUUGAGGCUUUCUUAUGGGGCUACAGUAAAACCAUUUGAACACUAUAGACCUCAUGUUUGACCCCACUCAUCAUGAAACUGGCUGAGAACUUUGCAUAAAAUGAGUUAAUAUUAUAUAUGUUCGAAAAUACAGUUAAAUCAUGCUCUUAUAGUACACACAGAUCUUGUGUAAGCAAGAUCUAUAUAAUGAUUAUAUAGCAAGACUUUGUCAGGGUUUCUGUUAUCUGUGGAGUGCAUAUUAUUUCAGCAUCCUUACUGUGCAUGCAUACUCAUUUGAGAGAAUAAUAGGUUACUGCCCUAUUGUUUUUUAAUGAAUCAGGUUAUGAUUAAAAUAAAAUAAUGGCGAGGCUUGCUGAGCCGUUUUUUAUUCGUGCCGAGCCUGAUACAUAAUCAUUCUGUAGUAUGCUUAGGGAUUUGAGCAAGUGGUUUUGUACUCAAUGGUGCUGUACUCAGCUUGCGGAUUUUGAGCAAGUGCUUAUAUGUCAGCGCCCUUAAUGGGUAAUCAUCAAUUUUUAUGUUGAUUUAAACGUUGGUGAUGUGUAGCAACAUACUUUAAGCUGUACAUUUCCUGUCAAUAAAUGUAACAAUUAA